GCCCCGGCCCGGCCUGGGAGGUGACGGCGAUGGCGUCGGCGCUGCUGGUGACGCUGGUGGCCGCGGUGGCCGCGCUGGCCGGGCGGGCGGAGGCGCAGUGCCCCACGGCCGCCGACCUGCGCCCCACCAACGGCACGCGGCUGUGCGCGCAGCUCUACGCCGACAACAGCCCCUACUACGAGCAGUGCUGCGCCGGGGAGGUGCUGGAGGUGCUGCCGGGCACCGACAUGCCCUACAUGCCCCGCGGCUGGUCCGGCCGCGCCUCCUCGCUCGUGGUGGGCACCAAGUGCGAGCUGACCGUGUGGUCGCGCCGCGCCAAGAAGGGCAACUCCAAGAAGUUCAACGCCGGCGCGGUGCCGCGGCUGCAGGAGGUGCGCCGGGGCUUGUUCGGCAACUGGAACGAUGAGAUCCGCGGCUUCUACUGCACCUGCAAGUGAGCGGCGGCGCGGGGCGGGGCGGCGGCGCCGGGGACGGGGUGACGCCGCCGGGACAUGGGGGUGACACCGGGACAUGGGAGGUGCCGUGAGGGGCAGCGAGAGCUGCUGUGGAUCAACAUCGGCCUUGUGGGUCAGCGAGUCAACAUGGGCCGAGUCGCCACGGGUCACCCCAACGGGAGCCAAACCGCACCCAAGUUAGCCAAGGGAUGCUGACGUGAGCCAAGAUGAGCCAACGCUGGUCAAGACAAGUCAACGAGAGUCAGCGCUGGCCAAGAUCCACCGUCGGGGGCCAAGCCGAGCCAAGGUGGACGCGCCCCUCGCCCCCUGUGCCUCUCACUGGCCACCAGAGCCGCGCCCCUCGCCCCCUGUGCCGCCAAUAAAGCCCCGAGGCAGCAGCA